UUCAUUUCUUGCAGCUGAACCAAAAUACGCAUACAGGGUCUAGAGCAUCUUGUCAAUGAAGCUUUUCUAGCAGCUCCAUAAGACCAAAAGCAAGCCCCUCUUUCUUUCAUCUUUUGAUGUUUAUUUUGCCUUGAUUAUUUGUGAAUGAUUACACUGGCUUUUUUUCAAAAUUAUUUUUGCUUUCCAUAACAAGUCCCCAAAGAGGGUUGAUAGCAGGCAGCCCUUGAAGAUGGUUACAUCACAGGCUGACUGGUGUAUGUCUCUCCACUGAGGAUAAGGCUGUAGAUCUCUGCACUCUUAUUGCCUAAAGAGCCCUUAGCUUUAUAACUAACACGUCUGAAGCUGACCGCCCUGACAGCCUAGAAUAUGGCAUGCAGAAGGUGUUAUUUCUAUUACCCCCGGACCUCACUGGAAGCCAGGAGCAGUUUAUCUACAGAACCACUAAGUGUUGAAGGGGACGUCCCUGGAAGUGAAACAGGCGCUUCCUUAGACAGCGCGUCAAGUUACCACCAAGGAGCAAUAACGCACAGCUCAUCGAUAAGUCCUGACCAGUACGACCAUCCUUCCUACGGGAUUUAUUCUGUGUCCCCGGGACAACGAUCGCGGAGGCCAAAACUACAGCAUUCCACAUCUAUUUUGCGCAAGCAAGCGGAGGAGGAAGCCAUUAAACGCUCGAGAUCACUAUCCGAGAGCUAUGAGCUGUCUUCAGACCUACAGGACAAGCAGGUGGAAAUGCUGGAGCGCAAAUAUGGAGGCCGUCUCGUAACCAGACAUGCUGCGCGCACUAUACAAACAGCGUUCCGGCAAUAUCAGAUGAACAAGAAUUUCGAGAGGCUUCGAAGUUCCAUGUCAGAAAACCGCAUGUCAAGACGGAUUGUGUUGUCCAAUAUGAGAAUGCAGUUCUCCUUUGAAGGACCAGAGAAAGUCCACAGUUCAUAUUUUGAAGGAAAGCAGGUGUCCCUGUCUAAUGAUGGGGCAAAACUAGGACACCGUUUUGUACAAUCUGAUUGUGGGGAUCUUAGCGAGCAGACAUCACUAAAAUCUCCUGCGGCGUCCAGUGACUUUGCUGACGCUAUCACAGAACUGGAGGAUGCCUUCUCCAGGCAAGUUAAAUCCCUUGCCGAAUCUAUUGAUGAUGCUUUAAAUUGCCGUAGUUUACAUGCUGAUGAGGUGCAAGCCUCUGAAAAAGUAAGAGGUCGGGAACUGGAAAGAAGUAGCUGUAGUCAGAUUAAACCUGCACAUAAUCUGGAUCACAGGAAACUCGAUGAAAUGACUGCAUCUUAUAGCGAUGUCACGCUCUAUAUUGACGAAGAAGAGCUCUCUCCUCCUCUUCCUCUUUCCCAGUCUGUGGACAGGCCAUCCAGCACUGAAUCUGAUUUGAGACUUAGAUCAAAGAACUCUUCUCAAGAGUAUUGGUCCAUGACGCACAAGGAUGAUAAGUUAGAUACUGAUACCAGCUGUCGAAGCACCCCAUCACUGGACUGUCAGGACCACAGAUCAAGAAUAGAUCAUCUCCCUUUACUCACUAUUGAGCCACCCAGUGACAGUUCAGUAGACCUUAGUGAUCGUUCUGAAAGAGGAUCCGUAAAAAGGCAAAAUGUGUAUGAAAGAGCAAUCCAUAGUCAGCAAGGAAGUCCUAAACAUAUCCCCCAUAUUCCUACCAAAAUAAUCACUAGGGAAGAUGAACAAACCCGCCAUCGGCCAAGGCCUAUUGACGCACAGCUGAUAAUUAAUGGCACCGUAAACCGACAAAGUAAAUCUGAAUCUGAUUAUUCAGAUGGUGACAAUGACAGCAUAAAUAGUACUUCUAAUUCCAAUGAUACCAUCAACUGUAGCUCAGAGUCUUCAAGAGAUAGUCUUCGGGAACAGACCCUAAGCAAACAGACUUACCACAAGGAGACCCGAAACAGCUGGGAUUCACCGGCAUUCAGUAACGAUGUCAUCAGGAAACGGCAUUAUAGGAUUGGGCUGAAUCUUUUCAAUAAGAAACCUGAAAAGGGGGUGCAAUAUCUGAUUGAACGAGGCUUUGUACCAGACACCCCUGUUGGAGUGGCUCAUUUUCUCCUGCAGAGGAAAGGACUGAGCCGACAGAUGAUUGGAGAGUUUCUGGGCAACAGGCAGAAACAGUUCAAUAGAGAUGUCCUUGACUGUGUGGUUGAUGAAAUGGAUUUUUCCGCCAUGGAGUUAGACGAGGCGCUCAGGAAGUUCCAGGCUCAUAUACGGGUCCAGGGAGAAGCCCAGAAAGUAGAGCGCCUCAUUGAAGCAUUUAGCCAGCGGUACUGUAUCUGUAACCCCGGUGUUGUCCGGCAGUUCCGGAACCCUGACACCAUCUUCAUUCUGGCAUUUGCAAUUAUCCUCCUGAACACCGACAUGUACAGUCCAAAUGUCAAGCCUGAGCGUAAGAUGAAGCUGGAGGAUUUUGUGAAGAAUUUAAGAGGUGUGGACGAUGGCGAGGACAUUCCCCGGGAGAUGCUAGUAGGCAUUUAUGAGCGCAUCCGUAAGCGCGAACUUAAGACAAAUGAAGAUCACGUUUCUCAAGUUCAGAAGGUUGAAAAACUUAUUGUAGGCAAGAAGCCGAUCGGAUCCCUACACCAUGGACUUGGCUGUGUCCUGUCAUUACCACACCGAAGACUGGUCUGUUACUGUCGUCUUUUUGAAGUUCCUGAUCCAAACAAACCCCAGAAACUCGGUUUACAUCAGAGAGAAAUCUUCCUGUUUAACGACCUGCUAGUGGUUACAAAAAUCUUCCAGAAGAAGAAAAAUUCUGUAACCUACAGCUUUAGACAGUCGUUUUCCCUCUAUGGAAUGCAAGUUAUCCUGUUUGAAAACCAGUACUACCCAAAUGGAAUCCGACUCACAUCAGCAAUCCCGGGAGCCGAUAUAAAAGUUCUGAUAAACUUUAAUGCUCCAAAUCCCCAAGAUCGUAAGAAGUUCACAGACGAUUUGAGAGAGUCCAUUGCAGAAGUCCAAGAAAUGGAAAAGUACAGAAUAGAGUGUAAGUACAAAGCUGAGCUAGAGAAGCAGAAGGGAGUGGUGCGCCCGAGUAUGUCUCAGUGCUCAAGUUUGAAAAAAGAGUCCGGUAACGGCACACUGAACCGGACAUGUCUAGAUGACAGUUACGCCACCAGCGAGGGCCUGAAGCGCAGUGCACUCAGCAGCUCCCUUAGAGACCUCUCAGAAGCAGGCAAGCGUGGGCGGCGCAGCAGUGCAGGAUCGCUAGACAGCAAUAUGGAAGGGUCCAUCAUUAGCAGUCCUCACAUGCGCAGACGAGCCACCUCAACUCGGGAAUGUGCUUCUCGUCAGAGUAUACCUAAUUCUUCCUCCCUCCUAGGUUCCUUGUUUGGUAGUAAGAGGGGGAAGCCAUCUUCCCAAGGCCAUCUCGUAUCUGGACCACCACAGCAGCAGCAUCCUACAUUGAUUUCACAUCAACAGCAUUCAUCAAGCCAUCAUGCGGGACAAGCUGAGGGGCAAACACAGGCACAAGUGCACGCACAACACACACAGUAUUGCCACAUGCCGCAAAACCCACCACCGUAUCACCAUCACCAUCACUACCACCCUCCUCAACACAUCCAGCAGCACCAAUACCACCCACACGGACAACAUUCUUCCCACGCAUCGUACAUCCAACACCCUCAUGCACAGCACUCCCACUCCAGCCACACUCCACUGCCUCACUCCGGGCAUUCGGCACAUUCCCAGCAUGCACAGCAGCAUCACACUCAGCAGGCUCCAUCUACGUCCACAAGCACGAAGCCUAAACACAGUGGAAUUAGCACAAUAGUUUAGAAGCAUUGUUUUAAUAGAACUUCCAGCAGGGAGUUAUGAGUCAGAGAAAAUAAGAAUGAUGUCUCCUUAUUAUAUGAGAACAUGCAUUGGUUUCAUACUGAGAAAGAUACUUUCAUGGUAUAAUUAAAGUUUUAGUAAAGAAAAAAAAACUGACCAUUAUUUAUUAUUUGAUUACAAUAUAGAAUUAGCAAGUAUACAGAGGAACGGCCUAGCUGCAGUGUAUCCAAUAAGCAAACACUCGGCUCUAGCGUAGUUCAUAAUACUAUUUAUAUAAUACUCUUAGUGAUACUGCGUGCGUGUACACAGAGACCAAUAGCAUAUUAUUAAUAUACGGCGUUAGUGUACACAUUAGUACCUUAAAUAAUCGUACUUGAAAAAAACAAAUAUUUUAUUUUCAAUUCUAGCAAUAUCGAUUCACAAGCAUUUUCACUUAUUGUAGUUAGAUGGGAAAGUGAAUAUAUGAAGAGGUUACAGUAUUUUCCUAAAAUCAAGCAAUCUGUAAUUAAAUGUGCCAAUUAUAGCAUUUCUGUGACUGUCCUAGUUACACGUUGCUUGUACAAAGGAUAAAUUAUUCUUAUUUUAAAAAAUUAAUCUAAUUCACUUCAGUAUUAUGCUAUCAUAUUUCAGGUAAGCAAGCUAGCUAGGGAGAACAUGCAGUUUAUAUAUUAACUGACCAUCGAUCAUACAAAUUCUCAGACACUUUAAUGGCUGUAAGAACUGUGAAUUUUCAUUAUCUACCUUUUUAUAUACAUAUAUAUAUAAAUAUAUAUACAUACGAUUUGUAAACACAUAAACCUAGACGUGUGUUUCAUGUACUCCCAUAACACCACAGUCAUAGAAGCUCUCCCCUCUGUCUGCAGUGUCUAGCUGCCAACAUUCAUUUUGAUUUUGAAACUAUGAGACAUUGGAAUCCUUUUUAUAGCAGAGAAUGUAUUUUCAGACUUUUUUAGCAGUGUUUUUCAUUCUUAUUUCCAAGUUGUCUUCUUUUCAGUUGGCAAGUGCUACUCACUGGAGAUUUCAGUAUAAAGGUUUAUCCCACCAAACCUGGAUUUCUCAGUCCCUGAGAGUGUCUGCUAUUCUCUGCCAUCCAUCAUGUGUCAUAGCAACUGUGGCCAGAAUUGUUCUUCCUGUAAUGUAAUCAUAUUACGUUUCCUGCAUUUCAUUGUCUCUCCAGGACUAAAUUGCAUUUAAAAUAACAAUUCCCAGGAGAUUAAGGUUAGAAACUGGUAUGAAUGAUACUUUUUUCAUGUAGCAAGGAUGAAUAACCAAAUCAUUUCACUUCUAUUUUGUACCAUGGCCCUUUCAUAUAUCUUACUAAUACCAGCAGUGCAGCAACUAAACACUAUGUGUGUCUUUGAUCAGGCCGAUUACAGUUAAUCAUUGUUUCUAAAUAUGCAUAUAUAAAUAUAAAAUGUACAUGCAUAAUUUUUAUUGAUGUUUAACAAACUAUACACACUUAAAUUGGUUUCUGUCAUUACCCCCUAAGUUUUCAGAUAAAUUAGCAACAUACAGCACCAAUGUAUGUUGCUGAGAUAUCUGUUAGCAAAAGGUUCACACAUGGGAUAGUUUAUGUGACAGUUCUAUUCCUGCAAGAAACAGAGACUGUCCAUUAUUCCUGCGAGAGACAGAGACUGUGCUGGGGACUGUACAAUGCUCUUGUGAGAGGCAGAGACUGUCCUGAGGACUGUACAAUACUCCUGUGACGGGAAGAGACUGUCCUGGGGACUGUACAAUACUCCUGUGAGAGGCAGAGACUGUUCUGGGGACUGUACAAUACUCCUGUGAGAGGCAGAGACUGUCCUGGGGACUGUACAAUGCUCCUGUGAGAGGCAGAGACUGUUCUGGGGACUGUGCAAUACUCCUGUGAGAGGCAGAGACUGUCAUGGGGACUGUACAAUACUCCUGUGAGAGGCAGAGACUGUCAUGGGGACUGUACAAUACUCCUGUGAGAGGCAGAGACUGUCAUGGGGACUGUACAAUACUCCUGUGAGAGGCAGAGACUGUCAUGGGGACUGUACAAUACUCCUGUGAGAGGCACAGACUGUCCUGAGGACUGUACAAUACUCCUGUGAGAGGCAGAGACUGUCAUGGGGACUGUACAAUACUCCUGUGAGAGGCAGAGACUGUCCUGAGGACUGUACAAUGCUCCUGUGAGAGGCACAGACUGUCCUGAGGACUGUACAAUACUCCUGUGAGAGGCAGAGACUGUCAUGGGGACUGUACAAUGCUCCUGUGAGAGGCAGAGACUGUCCUGGGGACUGUACAAUACUCAUGUGAGAGGCAGAGACUGUCCUGAGGACUGUACAAUGCUCCUGUGAGAGGCAGAGACUGUCAUGAGGACUGUACAAUACUCCUGUGAGAGGCAGAGACUGUCCUGGGGACUGUACAAUACUCCUGUGAGAGGCAGAGACUGUCCUGGGGACUGUACAAUACUCCUGUGAGAGGCAGAGACUGUCAUGGGGACUGUACAAUACUCCUGUGAGAGGCAGAGACUGUCCUGAGGGCUGUACAAUGCUCCUGUGAGGGGCAGAGACUGUCAUGAGGACUGUACAAUACUCCUGUGAGAGGCAGAGACUGUCCUGUGGACUGUACAAUACUCCUGUGAGAGGCAGAGACUGUCAUGGGGACUGUACAAUACUCCUGUGAGAGGCAGAGACUGUCCUGGGGACUGUACAAUACUCCUGUGAGAGGCACAGACUGUCCUGAGGACUGUAUAAUACUCCUGUGAGAGGCAGAGACUGUCAUGAGGACUGUACAAUACUCCUGUGAGAGGCAGAGACUGUCCUGAGGACUGUACAAUACUCCUGUGAGAGGCAGAGACUGUCCUGUGGACUGUACAAUACUCAUGUGAGAGGCAGAGACUGUCCUGAGGACUGUACAAUACUCCUGUGAGAGGCAGAGACUGUCCUGUGGAUUGUACAAUACUCCUGUGAGAGGCAGAGACUGUCCUGAGGACUGUACAAUACUCCUGUGAGAGGCAGAGACUGUCUCUCUUCUUUGCAGGUUAUACUGCAGAUUACCAUAGUUGCCAAGAUUUGAAGAUGUUUUCACAAGCAGUUUUUUUCUACCAUUUUGUUUUGUUAUGACCUUCAGUUGUGUUUGUUCUUGUUCUAAGGGGCAUAUAAUCAAUUGGCUGCAAGAUGUUUGACACAAAACUUAAUGCAGCUAUUGUGACCGAUUUUUGAUUACUGCAGCUUUGCACACUCCUACAGCGGGCUGUAGUGGAGUCCGAGAUCGCCGGAGGUGCGGGAUGCUGGCCGAUCUCAGACGUUUUUUUUAAAGGGGUAAUCACUUACAUGGCAUGGUUUUGCCACUGAAGUGUUUGCCCCUUUAAAAAAAAGUCUGAGAUCGGACAGCGUAAUCUUGAACUCCAUAACUUCCCGCCGCUGAUCUUCAAAUUGAAAAGAAAAACAGACACAAUCAUUUUAUCUUCAAAAAACUGCAGGAAUUUUUUUUUUUUUUAAAUGGAGAAAUGAGCCUGUACCCUAAAAAAAUGUCAAAUAAAUAUUUGAUAGGCUUAUUGAUGUCCAUUACUGUCCCAAAGAAAAAAAAUUGCACUUUUAAAAUGUUUCAAAUGGCUGAUUUGUGCAAUUUUUUGUUAUAGUAAUGAAAAAGUUCUAAAAAGCAAAUUUUGUCGUUAACAUAAAUGUAGUUAAAUGUGGGGUGCACAAAAUGCCCAUAAGAUGAUUUUAGAGUCAUUUGAAGUUACUUUAAGAGAUUCUUUAAAAAAAGACCUGUAACUCCCAGCUGCAAUCUUUAAACCCCCAACCAUAUAGCACUGCAAUAUGCCUGUCCCACGUCUUUCAUCCCAUUAUUCUGCACUUUGCAGAAUAAUAUUCCAAUAAUGACAUACAAUUAUAUUGGCCCAAUUAAGCUAAUUGAAAAUUUCCAAUUGCCUGAUUAAUCAUUGGAGUCAAGGGGGGUGACCCAGGGGUUCUGAAUCAAGUCCCAACAUUUUUUAUGUAAAAUUAUGAAUUUUCCCUCUUGGGCUACAAGAUGAAAGUUGUGGUAAAUGCUAUAGAAAAUGCCUUAAAGUUCUUGCGCCAAAUUGAACAGCAAUACCCUGCAGCUGGCCAAAGUUUCUUGCACCGCGGGGAAAAAAUAUUUGACGUGCCCAAUUAAAUAUGCCCCUAUAUGUUUUCCAUAUUACGAUUCAUUAAAAAUUAUUAUUUUUAAAGAGAUGUUGUCAUUGGUUGGAUAAACUUCUAGCACACAUGCACCACGUGUUGUCUGAUCAGCGCUUCGGUACAACAUUCCUAAAGGAUGCUUUUAAAUGUUGGCAACUAUGUUGUGAUGUCAGAAGCAGAGACUACUCACUACUGGCUACACAAUGCUGCUGUAGGGCCUCUGUCUCUUGCUCCUAAUAUACAGGGUCCAUUGUGAUCUACAGAAUGCUGGUUACAGUCUUUGUUUCUUGAAGGCCGUAUACUGCUCCUGACUUAUAGGGCCUCUCUUCCCAGCAAGCAGGGACAGACGGGGGCCUUGAAGCAGCCCAGGCAUGUGACGUCAUUGUGCGCAACAAGGGAACAUGGCCAUGGCGGAAGGGGUGUGACACGAGUCAGGGACGGCCUGGCCUCGCAGCACACCCCCAUGUAUCUGUAUGCAAGUCGGGACACCGAGACUGCUCUCUGUGUAGCUGGCCCAGCCCAACAGGCCAUCAGUCCUUCUGGCAUUUGCCAGAAGAGGCAGAUGGCCAGGCCAGCCCUGCCUCUAAUCUAUAUAAUGCUACUGCUGUAUCGGGCUAUGGAAUGCUCCUAAAGUAUUUGCCCUUUGCUGCCUACAGGCUGUAGAAUGCUCUAGAGGUACAAGGUCUCUAAUGUUUACAGGUUAUAAAGUGCUCCUGAUUUGCAAAGGUAAAUCAGGAGCAUUCUAUUGCUUGCAGACUGUAGACUGCUCUUAAGGCAUAGAGUUCCGGUUUCUUAUAGGCUAUAGAAUAUUCCUGAUGUAUAAGGUAUAGGAUCUCUAUUGCUUGUUCCUGAUAUAUAGAGUAUUUGUUGCUUGUAGGUUAUAAGAAGCACCUUAGCUAACCAUUCAACUAUCCUUUUUAGGGUAGCAGAAUGGUUACCUGUGACACAGUAGCCUGUGAAGCAGUCUCAUAAAUGCCACCGCCCUCUCUGUUCCUUGACAUCCAUAGAAUAUUCUUGUAAACUACAGAGACAAUAGGCCAGAUUCAUGUUUGUAUGGAAUUGCACAGCUGCAGCUCCUCCUAAUAAAAACUUGAAUGCAGCAGGAGGUAUUUGUAGGAGAUAGCGGCCUCCUGUUAGCAUUAGCGAGAUCCGAGUGCGCCUCAGAUCACCAUAGCAUUUGCGAUGUUUACAUGCACCGGCCGGCCUGCAUAAGCUUAAGCCUACACAGGCUGAUCAUCAGAUCUGACAACGCAGACCCUGAAACCGUCAUGCCUUCAAAACGGGGGUGACGCUUCCCUGUUAGGAAGAACGGUUCCAGGUGCUGACCCCCGAAUGCUGCAGCUUGUCAAUCAUGCUGCGGCUGACGGGGCUGCAAGCGACAUCGCAAGACCACAUGCGCAGGCACCUGCACAGACACCCAAACAUCGUACAAAUAUGCAUCAGGACCAGUGUUCCUCGUGGGUUAUAGAAAGUUCCUGUAAUCUGCAGAGACAGUGUUCCUUGUGGGUUAUAGAAUGUUUCUGUAAUCUGCAGAGACAGUGUUCCUUGUGGGUUAUAGAAUGUUCCUGUAAUCUGCAGUGUUCCCUGCGGGUCAUAAGAUGUUCUUGUAAUCUGCAGAUACUGUUCCAUGCUCUUUGAAAAUGAUAGAAUGUUCUUGAGUUGCACAAGCUGUGUUUUCUGUUGAAUGUUCUCAGAGGCCCAGUUCUGUUCCACGUAGGCUAUAGAACCCACUAGUAAGGGAAAAAAACAUCUCAUUUGCAUGUCAUCUACAGUAAAUAUUCUGAUGCUACAUUCUAAAUAUUGUAUAUUUGCAAAAUAUAUCAGUAUUAUUGUUCAUAUUAGCUGAGGCAAGGUGUUAACAUAUUACAAUAUGUAGCCUUUCCUUCUUACCUCUGUACUUUAUAGUAGGAGUUAUAUGUAAUUUAUGUGUUAUUCCAGGAAAGAUAAAUCUUUGCAUCUUUGUUUUAUUUUAAGAUUUUCAUAAAAGACCCCAAGAUACAUGUUUAUACACUGCCCAAAAAUGUUUUUCUUAAGUUAUCGUAUUCACAAGACAUUACAAUUGGCACAAAGGCUAAUUUUAUACCAUAGCAAAUGGUCUUAUAUAUGUUCCCAUGAGUGUAUUGGCUGCAUCCUGCAGAUAUUUGCCUUACAACAGCCAGUGGUACAUGUACAAGCCUUGGUUCCUCAAGAAGUGUGUCAGUCCGUUACAUUUAACUCUGUAUUGAAGAAUAAUAAAAUAUGUACAAAACGAAUUGGAUUAUUGAUUAAAAAUGUAUAUGCCAAAGGGUGUAUCCAAUUAGCCAGGGUAAUGUACCGCGACUAAUUGGUUUGCCAGGGGCUAUCCAAUUAGCCCCAAUAAGCAGGAGCUUAUCCCCUAUGCUGCAGUUAUUGGGAAUUAUGCACACAAAGCGAAAUCCACAAUAGGUGCCCCUGGACCCGCUAUAAAUGCUGUGAAAAUACAUAGGUCCAAGGCUUUUCGUGGGACCUAUGUAUUGUCGGAUGAAGAACUGGUGUGUUUUUUUUGCGGAACCUAUCUUGAUGGUGGUGAUAAAAAAAACAUGAAAAACCCGGCCGCGGCAGUAUUGCGGGUAAAUGGAUACCCACCUUUACUGGGUAUUUACUGGGUAUUUAAAGAAAAUUGUAGACACAAGGGAGUAAUAAGUAGACAGUUAAGUAGAUUAAGGGUACUUGGUAAGAAAAAGGUUGAUAAUCUCCACAUUACACUUAUCAACUGCAAAUCAGAAUUAUGUGAAUUUCCAACUAAUGUAAUAAAUUACGUUAUUGCUGUUAAAAUAUACACAGUGGCCUUCUGGUCCCUUUCAAAGUGGAAAUACGUAUAGAUAAUUAAUGUACAGUGGGAUUUUCCUGCUAUUUUGAAUUCAGCCACCAUGUUGGGCUUGUGGUCAGUAUUUAUUCCAGUUCCGUCACCUGCCUCUGUAGUAAUAUACCUACAGUAAUUUAAAAAAUGCCACGUCACUGAUCCAAAAUGUAACAGACUGCCACAAAAAAACCCAGUACCAAUAUAUAAAGUUGUUUUAUAUUUUAAAGAAAUGCCCUUGGAAAUAAAGCUUCAUCUUUCCUGGAAUUACUGAAUAAUGAAUAUGUAUUUUUUAAGUUCAGAAUGAAAUGUACACUGUUAACGAUAACAAAAUAAUACUAUACUGUAUAUGUAUUGUAGAAUGACACUCCCCACGGUGCUGCAUGUAGCGGAGACCUCUGGUUUCUUAACAUAAGCUGAAAUUGGCAGCAGAUAUUUAUACAUAUAUGUAUAUUGAAUCUCUCCUUGUUGACUUGCUGUGUCUCCUGAAGUUCCGCAUGAAUUUGUUAUGUUUUCAUUGUAAAAUAUCAUUGCACUUCUUGCCUGCAAAUAAAGAAGCGAUCGCUUUGUAUAUAUACACAAAAAGGACCUAAUGCAAGGUUAAAACAUUGGGAUGGUGGAUACAGGACUAAGUAGGAGUUAUAGGUGACUGAACAUUGUACAUAGUGUGUAUAUUACAAUUCCGUCUGCAGUUAUAUUAAGGGUGUAUACAGUACCUAUCUCUUACUAGGAUCCUUACUGUCACAUUGCAUUAUAGAACAAUCUGAAGAUUAGUUCCUGAACGUAGACUGUUAGAACCCUAUUAGAUGGAUCGGAUUCUGAGGGGGCACAAGAUGCAUUUUGUAACUAAUGGGAAGAGAGGAGUGCUUUCAUUUUAAUAUGCAUUCUGUUUGUAAGUAGUAACCCUAUCGAUGUACAACUAUAACUGUGAUCAUGUGGACUUACUCAAUAAACCAUAAACGAUGACAGUGUUA